AUGGGUACCCCGUUCAGGCCAAGGGAAGGGGGAGCUGCCCCCAGGCCCCGCCGCCCGCCCUGCUGCUGCGGCGGCCUCCGGCUCCUCUUGCCGCCUCGACCCCGGACCUGCUGCCCGGACCGACCCCGCUACCUGCCCGCCCGCGGGAGGAGCUGCUUCCCUCGCCGCAGGAGGAUGGAGGUCCUGCAGCUCCUGCGCCUGCUCCUCACCACCGCCAUGCUGGGCCCCUCCCAGACGGUGAACCCCUUCGUGGCCCAGCAGACCCCCCCCGACCCUUGCUACGAUGAGAGCGGCGCUCCUCGCCGCUGCAUCCCCGAAUUCGUCAACGCCGCCUUCGGGAAGGAGGUUCAAGCCUCCAGUACGUGCGGGAAGCCCCCGACGCGGCACUGCAAUGCCUCGGACCCCCGCCGAGCCCACCCGCCCGCCUACCUGACUGACCUCAACACCGCCUCCAACAUGACUUGCUGGCGCUCAGAGACCCUCCACCACUCGCCCCAGAACGUCACCCUCACCCUCUCCCUCGGCAAGAAGUUUGAGGUGGUCUAUGUUAGCCUCCAGUUCUGCUCGCCCCGGCCCGAGUCCACUGCCAUCCUCAAGUCCAUGGACUACGGCAAGACCUGGGUGCCGUACCAGUACUACUCCUCCCAGUGCCGCAAGAUCUACGGCAAGCCCAGCAAAGUCACCGUCACCAAGCAGAACGAGCAGGAGGCCCUCUGCACCGAUGGCCUCACCGACCUCUACCCCCUCACUGGUGGGCUCAUUGCCUUCAGCACCCUCGACGGACGACCCUCCGCCCAGGACUUUGACAGCAGCCCCGUGCUCCAGGACUGGGUGACGGCCACCGACAUCCGUGUGGUCUUCAGCCGCCCGCAUCUCUUCCGCGACCUGGGCGGCCGGGACGGCGGGGAGGAGGAGGGGGCCACUGGCUCAACCCCCUAUUACUACGCGGUGGGGGAGCUGCAGGUCGGCGGGCGCUGCAAGUGCAACGGGCACGCGGCGCGCUGCGUGAAGGACAAGGAGCAGAAGCUGGUGUGCGACUGCAAGCACAACACGGAGGGUCCCGAGUGCGACCGCUGCAAGCCCUUCCACUACGACCGGCCCUGGCAGCGGGCCAGCGCCCGUGAGGCCAAUGAGUGUCUGGCCUGCAACUGCAACCUGCACGCCCGGCGCUGCCGCUUCAACAUGGAGCUGUACAAGCUCUCGGGCAGGAAGAGCGGAGGCGUUUGCCUCAACUGCCGGCACAACACCGCGGGGCGGCACUGCCACUACUGCAAGGAGGGCUUCUACCGCGACCUCAGCAAGCCCAUCACAGACCGCAAGGCCUGCAAAGCCUGUGACUGCCACCCUGUCGGCGCCGCCGGCAAGACCUGCAACCAGACGACAGGGCAGUGCCCGUGCAAGGACGGUGUGACCGGCCUCACCUGCAACCGCUGUGCCAAGGGCUACCAGCAGAGCCGCUCGCCAGUGGCCCCCUGCAUCAAGAUCCCUGCCAUCAAUCCCACCUCCCUGGUGACCAGCACGGAGGCGCCUGCAGACUGUGACUCCUACUGCAAGCCUGCCAAGGGCAACUACAAGAUUAACAUGAAGAAGUACUGCAAGAAGGACUAUGUGGUCCAGGUGAACAUCCUGGAAAUGGAGACGGUGGCCAACUGGGCCAAGUUCACCAUCAACAUCCUCUCUGUCUACAAGUGCCGUGACGAGCGGGUCAAGCGUGGCGACAACUUCUUGUGGAUCCACCUGAAAGACCUGUCCUGCAAGUGCCCCAAGAUUCAGAUCAGCAAGAAGUACUUGGUUAUGGGGAUCAGCGAAAACUCCACUGACCGGCCGGGACUGAUGGCUGAUAAAAACAGCCUGGUCAUCCAGUGGCGGGAUGCUUGGACACGCCGCCUUCGGAAACUGCAGCGGCGGGAGAAGAAGGGGAAGUGUGUGAAGCCCUGAGGGGCUUCCACCCAUCCCAUCCCACCCUGUGCUCAGCCCCAGCCUGGUUGUGCGCUGCCAGACUGCGCCCAGAGACUCUGUACAUAUAUAGCGUGUGAACAGACUCUUCUGUCUAUAGUGUAUAUUUUGGCAAUGGUUUCUCUUUGUGUGUGCGUGUGCAUGUGUGGGUGUGUGUGGGGGUCUUUUUCUCUAAGUGUGUAUUAAAAAUAAUGCAGUAAUGACAAACCUUUAAUAAGGAGCAAAGUGGAGCGAGAUCCUGUGGGUGCCUGUCGCCUGAAGGAGCUUGAAGGCAAUUGAUGUUCUGCUCCGGGCAUGCUGUUCGUAGCACUCGUUUUCUAGGCUUUUCUUUUACCUUUAACAAAGUCUUCUUCUGCCCAGUGUUGGCAUUUGAGUUGACAGCUCUCCCUUCUCCAGUGUCGAGGGCCCAUCUUUUCCUCACUCUUUGACAAUGUGCUGCUGUCAGACCUCUCUCUGCACUUCUUGCCCAGUAGGAAUGGGAGGUCAGAGUCUUCUGCCCUUCAUCCCGAUAUGCAUAUGGGCAGGCUGAGUGAAAACCAUCCAGUGCUGCAGAGGGACCACCCCCAGGAGCUCCAUCAGGAAGAUCAAAUGAACUUUGGCAAGGCCUGAUUCUCUGGUGACCUCGGGUUUACACAGACCAGCUCUGCUGCCUGGGACAGGACCCAUGCGAUGCUGCAGUGCCAUGGGGAGGAUCCAGGCCCUGGCAGUGUGUUGGCGGCCACUACCAGGCAGAGCUAUGCCCACCAGGAAGAAAGAGACAGACUUCAGAACCCCCUGGCCGUUACCUAUGCUGGUGCAUAAUCCAGGCGACCCAGUGGGAAAGACCUGGAGACACCCAUUUUCUCCUUCUGUAUCCACCAAGGCUACAGCCUGCCCUGCCAGCAGGACCCGGAGUGGAGUGGACAGGCUGACUGGAGCCAUCAUGUAUCAUCAUCAAUCCACCCACGUCUAUGUCCCUAUAUUCUCAGCUGGUACCAACUGGCAUAAUUCCACCUGUUUCUGUUGAGCCAACACCAAGUGGCCGUCUGCCUUGGUGUGCAUCCAUCAGAGUUGGCCUGACUGCAUGCUCUCCUGGGAAGUGUUACUGUGGCCAGGGUUGUCCGAGGAGAUGCACAAGGCAGAGGUGGCAGGAAGAGAGAAGAGCUUUCAUUGACCCACCUCUGGUCUUUUAUAUCUUCUUCACCAUGUAUUAGUCUCCAGUUCAAACAGACAUCAGUAUCUUCCCAUGUUGAGAUUGUAGCAGUCUUGGCAUAAUAAAUAUGAGUAGAAACAAUAGGUGCUCUGACAAUAGAUAUUCCUUUCCCUGCAAACCUUGCCUUGCUUAUUGAAUGGCUCAGCACUGUAGCCUACAUCACAGUCUUCCAGUGCUUUAGGAUGAUGCUUUGCCCUUUUGAGCCCAUAGCAGCUUGUGUGGACUCCCCAUCCCUUGGGUGGUCUGGUGCUUUGGGGCUCCAGCAUCCCAGGGUGGUGCUGGAGCCUGCAGCUGAAGACACUGGUGGAGCACUGUUGGGGUUCAGGGCAGGGGAGUUUGGGGAGUGAGAUUCUAGGCACUGGCGGAUGUCUGUGUGGGCAGGUGCCCUAGUCAGGGAGCUCAGUGCAUUGGUGAAGCUGUUGGAGAUGCUGGGAGAGGCUUUUCAGGGAUGCAGAAGGCCUGCGGUGCCAUCUUUCAGGUCCCAUGGAUGCUUGGGUGCCUGCACAAGGCACAGGCAGAGCUGGGGGCAGGCCAGAAGCUGAAGGGCAAAGGGUAUGUGGGACCACUUGGGCUUGGAUGAGCUGGUCCUAUGCCACACCCCUGACAUAGAACCUCCCUUCCCUCCUGCAGCUGAGCUGAGGGGACUCUCCCAUCCCUGGUUCCUCUUAUUCUGGUUGUCAUAGGCUACUGGCCUCUGCCAUGAGAUGGCCCUUGAAAUAUAUGGGCCACCCAGCCCUCUUCUCCUUCCUAUGUCUGGUUGCACCCAGGAGCUCAGGAAGCAGAGCUGCUGCUCUUGCCACAGGCUCACUCUGAUCCCAUGCACCCAACAGCCCUCAUGCAAGAGUCAGUGGUGGAACACCCUCUGGUUGUGCAUGGUGGGGACACCCAUUGGGGUCAUCCCCAUGGCUCCAGGGGCUGCUUGGCAUCACCCCAUGGGGUGUGGGAGCUUGCUGGCUUCUUCUCAGCAGCCACAGCCCAUGUAAGAGCAGGGAAGCAUCACUCUCUGUGGGCAUGGAUGCUCACCAGGGCAGGGCUACAGAAGGCAUGUGCUUUCUCUAAGCCAGUACAGCCUUUAGGAGAGACACGAUGUGUCUGCGCUCCCCAAAAAGUUCAUUGCACAGCCUGCUGGGGCAGGAGGCUCCAGGGUUUCUUUUGGCACCUGAUUUAUCCUCCUUUGAAGCAGGGCACCUAAAACUCUUCGAGGACUUUGGUGUUGGCAGUUGAUGUUCUCAAUUUAUCCUCCCAGAUGGUUCUCCCCUCUUGUUUCAGCUCUGCCAUCUGGGACUGCUGACGAGGAAGGAUGUCUCCCAGCUGGUCUCCCAGAGCACACGAUCUGCUGGGGCAGAUCAGAGACGCUGGGGCAGGACCACCAGACCCCCCAUGGGCUGCUGCUGAGGAGAGGAGCUUUACCCCUUUGGCUGGGGGAUGUCCUAAAAUCCUGGCUGAAGGACUGGAGCAUGCUAUUCCGUAUCGUCACUAAGGCUGUUGCCUGGAAGAUGUUUUUCUUGACUUCCCCUGUUUGUGUCACCCCAAAGUCCAAAGCAAGAAUUCAUCUUACUUCUUCUUCCUCUCCCUCUGCCUGGCACAGCCAGCUGGAAACCCCUGCACGUGGGUUCGGCUGUCCCUGGGACACCAAGGCUGGGUCACCCUGAGUUGGUGCUGGGGUGCCAAGCACGGUGGUGGAGGCACCAUGAGGUUGCACAGAGAUGCUGCUUGUCCUGGCCUGCAGCUCGGGGCAGGGCUUGGUGAGGAUGCUACCACGGGCACAGUCUGGGUGGGGGGCUGCAAAACUGGGGGCUGCUGUGCCAUCCUCACGGGGCUGGUGCUGAGUUGGCUCAGAAGAGCACAUGGGCCGUGCCUUCCCAUGCCCCGCUUGCCAUGCAAGCAGCUUUCUGGGGAAAAGAGGCUUUUUGCAGAGAAGGCUGGCAACAUCACAUCCAGGCUGCAUGCAAGCCUUGCACGGGCCCUGCGCUGCACAACCCCGCACCACUGUUAUUUUUCUGUCUGCAUUUAACCAAAGCUGGGUGCCAAAUGCAACCAGAGGCAGGGGGAACAACACUGGCUGGGGAACCCAGCCUGACAAGCUGUGCCCAACGCCUGCUGCACUGGGUUUUUUGGGAGAAGCAAUGCUGCCCAGGGGAUUUAGACAUGGAGCUGCUCCCAAAUGCCUAUUUAAAUCCUCACACACGUCCACGUGCCUUUUUAUCUUCUUUGUCUGUUUGCUUUAUAAUUUAAAAGCAUGACUGGAUGGGGCAGAUCCAGGAUGCUGGUGGAAUCCUUUGUGAGUCACCCCAUGUAGAUUUGAGGGUAGGCUCUGCUGUGCUUCUUGGGGUGCCCUGGUCCUGGCUGCUGGGACAUGUGUCAUGUAAAUACCAUUCCGAGGGUGCCCAUGCAGAGGGAUCUGGCCCUCCAACGUGAUGGCAUCUGUGAAAUAUGUAAAAAGAAAAACUAGCAAAUGCUAUGGACCAUAGUGUAACAUAUAUAAGAUAUGUACGUUUUAGGGGGGAUUAUUAUUAUUUUUAAUAACACGAGUCUAAUAAGUA